UUUUUUUUAUUUACCAAUGAAUUAUCUUCCUUGAUAAAAUUCUUUUUUUUUUUUUUUCCCAACGAAAAUUUAUAAAUAUUUAAAUUCUUUUUACCACGUAUAUAUUUCUUAAUAUACCGUGCUUAUAUGUAUGCAUAAAAUACAUGUUUCAAUGAGUAAUUUUGUAAGCAGCAUUAAAGCCGCAUAAAAAAUUUGGAAAAGAUCGCCGAACAAAUACGAGUUUAUAAAGAACAUUUGUUCAACAAAAAUAAUUGACUCAAAAAAAUAAACGUUUACAUUUUUGUUAGCGAAAAUCUUUUUUUUUUUUUUUUGUUUUUUACUUGAUUUAAUUAAUUAAUUAACCAUGGCAGCUUCAAUUUUACUUUCAGAAUGUCUGGAAAAAGUUUUUUUGUACCUUGUUGAUGAUGAUGACACUUUUGCCACCAUGUCGGCUAAAUAUUUAUACCCUUGUACAUUAGUAUCAAGACAUUGGUGUAGAAUAUCAACACCAUUCUUAUAUACUUACCCAUUUCAUUAUGUAAUUUAUUCUGAUUCUCAUAUUUCAAAAAUUUUUCAACUCAUUCGUACUUUAUUAAAUUGUAUUCCAAAAUCUGAGAUUGAAUUAAUUAUAAAUUCAAAUUUUUCUCAUAUACAUAAAUUAUUCUCCCGUUCUAAUAAAAAACCUCCUUUAUCAACUUAUCCAUCAUCAACAUUUAAUUAUAUUACUUUUAUUCGUGGUUUAAUUUUUAAUGAAACAUUUACUGAUUCUUUUAAAUUAUUUCAUUAUCGUAAAAUAUGGUUACCCCCUUAUAUACCAAAAAAUAAUACGACGCAACGUCGUUUUUCAAAAAUUUCAAUCCCAAUAAUGAAUUAUCUUGUAAAAUCUUUAUGUAAAAAUUCUAAUAAUUUGCAAAUAUUAGAAUUUCUAUUUACAAUACAAGACAAUGAAUUUUUUAAUAGUACCAUUGAUUUAUUAACGUUCAAGGAUAGAAAUGGUAGAAGUAAAUUGAGCGAUCUAAAAAAAUUAAAUUAUAUUAGUAAAUAUGAAGAUCAAAAAGAUCUUUACUCGGCUCUUUCAAAUAAUAUUUGUAAUUUAAGUUUACUUUGUAAUGAAGGAAUCAACUCCAUUGAAAAAGCAAAUUCAAUAUCUAGAUUUAUUUCUUUACAAAAGAAUUUACGACAAGUUAUUUUAUCAGAACGUUACCAUUAUAUACGAAAUAGUUUGGAUGAUAAUUAUAAUAUCGUUCUUAAUUCAUUAUCAACUCAAUGUGAAAGUUUACAAAAAUUAUAUUUUACAAAUUUAUCAUUUGCUAAAAUAAAUGAAGAAGUUUUAAGAUCUUUAUGUUCUCUUAAAAAUAUUAGAGAAUUAAAAUUAUAUGAAUGUAAAGAAUUAAAUGAUAAUUUAAAUCCUUGGGCGGAAAGUUUAACAAAACUUGAGAUUUUCGAAUUAGUAUUAGAUGAAUAUACGAACUUUUCAAAAGAAUUUUUAAUUAAAAUUAUUCAAUCUUCUUCAAAUACUUUAACUAAAUUAAUUAUAAAUUAUGGAAGAGUAAAUAAUCAAGAUUGUCAAUUAUUUAAUCAAAUUUCAAUUUAUUCACGUUCUUUAAUUCAUUUAGAACUUCCUAAAAUUUUUCCAAGUGAAUUAAUUUCAAUAAUUAAAUCAUGUGAUCAAUUACAAUAUCUUAGUAUAAUAUUAACGGAAUGUGAUGAAGAUUCUUUAUGGGGAGAUUAUUUUAAAAAUUUUGGUAAAUUUAUUCCAAAAAAAUUACAAACAAUUCAAUUUAGAGUUAUGAAUAAUUUGUUAUUUAAUAGUAAUGAUUUGAAACUUUUUUUUGAAGAAUGUGUAAAUAAUGGUAGCGAAUUAAAACUCUUGGAAAUUUUUGGAAAGUUGGGCAGAACAGAAAUUAGUCAAGCGUAUUAUGAUGUUGCUAGAGAAUUUGGUGUGCAAUUAAUCAAAAGAAAAAGCAUGGAUUUUUUUAUGUAAUUGUAUAUAAUUAUUCGCCCGUACAUUUUUUUUUUGAGUCGAUCGUUAUACGAAUUUUUAGACGAAGGAUUGUAAAUGCGCAGUUGUAAAUAAUCUUAAAAGCUUGGGUAUUAUUAAUUUUACCGAAUUUUACUAUUAACUCGAUAGAGUAGAGGUGGAAAAAGCGAAAAAAAGUCAUCACGUGUAAAGUCUU